GCUCAGAAUUCUUAUUUAUAUGGUGUGAUAUUUCCUUCUUUGCUGCAACUUCAAAGAGGCAUCACAGAUUUAGAGGAUAGGAAGCAGAAAGAGGUUUGCACUGUCAGAUACAAAAGAAAGGAGGAGUUGGACAAGGGAAAACUCUCUGAAAUUGACAUCGAAAGAGAAAAAGAGUGCGGAAUUUGCAUGGAGGUGGACAAAAAAGUUGUGUUACCUAACUGCAGUCAUACAUUGUGUUUGAAAUGUUACCGGGACUGGCGUGGGCGGUCUAAGUCGUGCCCCUUUUGCCGUGAUAGCCUCAAAAGAGUCAACUCAGGCGACCUUUGGAUCUACACUGAAAAAUGUGAUGUUAUUGAUUUAUCCACAAUAUUAAGAGAGGACCGCAAGAGACUUUUUAUGUACGUUGAAAGAUUGCCUCUUGUUGUUCCAGACCCUGUAUUUCUACCCUAUGAUUCUCAUGUUCGGUGAGACUCAUGUACAGCUUUUGGGAACUACUUGUAGAUAAAAAGCCUGAUUGUAUUGUGUAAUUCGUAAUCUUUUAAAAUGUAAAUGCACUUUCGCCAUAGUUUUGAUUGCCUUAAGAGUAACUUGAAAAACUGGUUCAGCGUAACAGCAUAUGUUUUGUUCUUUCCUUUUGAAAUGUAAUGAUAACUUGAAAGCAAUACUUGCAAAUUUGCAAUACCAAGAAGCAGAGUAUAUAUAA